GUGGAGAGGAGGAGAGGAGGAGAGGAGGAGAGGAGGAGAGCAGGAGAGCAGGAGAGGAGGAGAGGAGGAGAGGAGGAGAGGAGCCGGCGUGAUGGAAUAAAGCGGGGCAGGAGGAAGCGAGACAGACCUGCGAUGAGAAGUCUGUCAGAGGGGCAGGGAUGGCAUCCAUUCAACAGAGCCGAGCUGGAGAGGAAGGAGAGGACGGGUCUUUGCACAAGAUGCUGACGGCCAUCGAGGAGGAGCGGAUCCGGGCGAGCCUGAGGCAGGAGAUGAGCGGCCUGGGUUGCUUCAAGGACGAUCGUAUUGUCUUUUGGACAUGGAUGUUUUCGACUUACUUCAUGGAGAAGUGGGCCCCGAGACAGGAUGACAUGUUGUUCUAUGUCCGGCGAAAGCUGGCCUUCACUGGUCCCGACAUCAGUGAGGGGAAGCAGGUGUGCUCAGCAGACGCCUCGACAAUGGAGGUUGAGGUUGAAGUUUACCGAAGGGAUUCCAAGAAGCUGCCUGGUCUCGGUGACCCUGACAUUGACUGGGAGGAGAGUGUUUACCUCAACCUUGUCUUGCAGAAGCUGGAGUACAUGGUGACGUGUGCGGUCUGCACGCGCUCAGAAGGGGGUGACAUUCACGUCCAUAAAAAGAAAUCCCAGCAAGUAUUUGCGUCCCCAAGCAAGCACCCCAUGGACAGUAAAGGCGAGGAGUCCAAGAUCAGUUACCCCAACAUCUUCUUCAUGAUCGACAGUUUUGAGGAGGUGUUCAGCGACAUGUCCGUCGGCGAAGGAGAAAUGGUCUGUGUGGAGCUGGUGGCCAGUGACAAAAACAACACCUUCCAGGGUGUGAUCUUCCAGGGAUCUAUAAGAUACGAAGCGCUGAAGAAGGUGUAUGAUAACCGGGUCAGUGUGGCUGCCAAGAUGGCCCAGAAGAUGUCGUUUGGGCUUUACAAAUACAACAACAUGGAGUUUGUGCGGAUGAAGGGGCCGCAGGGCAAGGGGCAUGCGGAGAUGGCUGUGAGCCGCGUGGCCACCGGGGACACCUCCCCCUAUGGGACGGAGGAGGGAUCUGAGCCAGGCUCUCCCCUGCAUGAUCAGGGGGAUGAGUCUCCUUCCUGCAGUGCCUUCUGGGUGACGUCGUUCAGCACCCCUCCCACGCCGGAACGCAACAACCGGCCGUCGUUCUUCUCCCCCUCGCUCCGCCGAAAGACGCCCAAAAACAGGAUGGCAGAGAUGAAGAAGUCUCAUUCGGCCAACGACAGCGAGGAGUUCUUCAGACAUGGAUCAGACAACGGAGACUCGGAAGGCAUGCACGGCGUGUCCAACCUACGAUCUCGCUCGUUGUCGGGGACUGGGAGGUCCUUGGUUGGGUCCUGGCUAAAGCUGAACCGAACAGACGUAAAUUUUCUACUCUACGCACACCUCACCUACGUCACGCUACCGAUGCAUCGUAUUACAACAGACAUUUUAGAAAUCCGUCAGAAACCAAUCCUGAUGACAUAGCAAAGAGAAGGCCCUGUCUUCCAAACCCGCAGCCAUGUGCCUGAUUGGGAACUGGAUUCUUGACGACACCGCCACCUAGUGUUGGGAUGGAAGGGAAGUUUAAUGGGGGAAUACCAGCUCAUUGAAGUGCCUGCUCCACUUGCCCGAGGGAUCUGCCCAGUGCCAACAGAGUCCUAGUUCGGAGCUGGGCCCGGAGGAUCAGUAACGAGAAUGACCAACACAGAAUCCUUCGCCGGCCGUCUCUGACGACUGAACUGCUUUGUACCCAACACCGCCAGGGACGGAGAACAAAGAAAAAUAACUUGCUGCAAUUUAUAUUAAACGGGACAUUAAAUGAACUCUUAAAGGAGCUGCGUUCAAUAGGUAGAGGACAUUUUUCUUCCUAAUCUUUGUCAAAGCACCGUUGGGAUAGUGUGCUUAUAUCGGUAGUGUUGUAAGGUAACACUUGAUUUUU